AUGACCCAGACCCUCAAGCUCGCCUCCAGGGUGUUCCAUCGUGUCCACUGUGCUCCCAAGCUAGGUGCCUCACUGGGCUCCAGAGGCUCCGACCCCGCGCCCCGGAGCUUGGCGGACAUCCCAGGCCCCUCCACGCCAGUCUUCCUUGCUGAACUUUUCUGCAAGGGGGGUCUGUCACGGCUACACGAGCUGCAGGUGCAGGGCGUUUCGCGCUUCGGGCCUGUGUGGUUGGCCAGCUUCGGGAGGGUGCGCACUGUGUACCUGGCGGCCCCAACACUCGUCGAGCAGCUCUUGCGACAAGAGGGGCCCCGGCCAGAGCGCUGCAGCUUCUCACCCUGGGCAGAGCACCGUCGCCGCCGCCAGCGGGCUUGCGGGCUGCUCACGGCGGAAGGAGAAGAAUGGCAGAGGCUCCGCAGCCUCCUGGCACCGCUGCUCCUCCCGCCUCAAGCGGCCGCCCGCUAUGCCGGGACCCUGGACGACGUGGUCCACGACCUUGUGCGGCGACUGCGGCACCAACGGGGACGUGGGGCUGGGCCGCCAACCCUGGUUCGGGACGUGGCAGGAGAGUUUUACAAGUUUGGACUAGAAGGCAUAGCUGCGGUGCUCCUGGGUUCCCGCCUGGGCUGCCUGGAGGCCGAAGUGCCCCCAGACACAGAGACCUUCAUCCGCGCGGUGGGAUCGGUGUUUGUGUCCACGCUGUUGACCAUGGCGAUGCCUGGCUGGCUUCACCGCCUCGUGCCCGGACCCUGGGGCCGCCUCUGCCGAGACUGGGACCAGAUGUUUGCCUUUGCCCAGCAGCACGUGGAGAGGCGAGAGGCUGAGGUAGCUUUGAGGAGCAAGGGAAAGCCUGAGGAGGACAUGGGAUCUGGGGCACACCUGACCUACUUCCUGUUCCGGGAAGAGUUGCCUGCUCCGUCCAUCCUGGGCAAUGUGACCGAGCUGCUACUGGCUGGAGUGGACACAGUAUCCAACACACUCUCCUGGGCUCUGUAUGAACUCUCUCGGCACCCCGAAGUCCAGAAAGCACUCCACUCUGAGAUCACAGCUGCCCUGGGCCCUGGCUCCAGUGCCCACCCCUCAGCUACUGUUCUAUCCCAGCUGCCCCUGCUGAAGGCAGUGGUCAAGGAAGUGCUAAGACUGUACCCUGUGGUACCUGGAAAUUCCCGUGUCCCAGACAAAGACGUUCGUGUGGGUGACUAUGUUAUCCCCCAAAACACGCUGGUCACACUGUGUCAUUAUGCCACUUCAAGGGACCCUGCCCAGUUCCCAGAGCCAAAUUCUUUUCGUCCAGCUCGAUGGCUGGGGGAAGGUCCAGCCCCCCACCCAUUUGCAUCUCUUCCCUUUGGCUUUGGCAAGCGCAGCUGCAUGGGGAGACGCCUGGCAGAGCUUGAGCUGCACAUGGCUUUGGCUCAGAUCUUGACCCACUUUGAGGUGAAGCCUGAGCCAGGUGCUGCCCCAAUCCGACCCAUGACCCGGACUGUCCUGGUACCCGAGAGGAGCAUCAACCUACAGUUUGUGGACAGAUAGUCCCAUGGAAGGAGGCUAUCAUCAUCACCCUUUCUCUCAUUGUAGGGAUUUAUUAGGCACAAGACCAAGAGAUAUGUAUUCCCCCUGAGACCUGUCUAUUUGACCAGACUGGUUAGAAGGACACUAGCAAACUGCUUGAGGCAGCCCUGACCAAGGUGUGAAAUAUGCCUGGGCCUGACCCAUCAGGCCCUGUGAAAACCAUAGUCCCUCUGCCUACUCAGCUUUUCUCCUGGUCUUAUCAUAUGCAUCCUCCAAGGGCCAGCUUAGAUCUUAAUAAUGUUGGGUGGCCUGAGGAAGGAUUCAACCACUGCCCUUUUGGGGCUUGCACAGUGUUCAGGAGCUGCUGGGUAAGCACUUAUCACCACGUGAGCUCAGUAAUUAUGCAUUUGGUCUGCACCUGGUUGGUCUUUCCUUCUUGCAUGUGAGCUCUUUGAGAGGAAGAAUGAGACCUUAUUCAGUCUUUAUAUCCCGCAAUUGGGUGAUGCCAUACAGGUUCUCAAAUUGAAUCUGGACCAUGUGGCAGAAGGGAUAAGCAGCUUACCAGCCUCUGUCUACCCUUCUUCUUCCUCAUCUUGACCCUGGCAAGGUGAGUCUGCCCUCACUUGGCUUAUGAUGUUUUAAAACUCUCCUUGACUCUCUGGUCACUAUUAGGGGUUCGCUUGUCCCACCAUUUAGUCCCUGGGCAGACAUCUUUUGGCCUAUA